AUGCCCAGAAAACUCAUGCCCCGAAAACUCAUUAUCUCGGAGCAAGUGCACAGCAGCCCGCUGGUCCUCGUCACCAUUGGGCUGGCCCUGCUGCUGCUCCUGCUACUGCUGUGUCCUCUCCUCUGGCUCUGCUGUAGGAGGAGAGAAGGGACGCCAGGUUCCCUGAGACAGGGCCACCCACAGCAGCAGGAAUUCUGGUGGCCUCAGGCAGAUGAGGGCCCAGGAGGCGCCUCUGUGGUGAGGGAGGGAGACGGGGUCCCACAUGAAGUGCUGAUGGUCCCAGCGGAGGAUGAUGCUGCCUUAGAGGACAGCAGGGGAAGCCAGCCCUGCCCAUCCCCUGACAGCGAGUGCCACAGAGAAGCCAGUACCCACCGUCCAGUGGGAGGUGGCACCCGGACCUGUUCCGUGCCUUCCUCUUCCCUCCGCCCGCAUCUCGGGCACCUGUCCCCUGAGCAGGGCCGGGUCCUCUUCCCUGCCUUCUCCUGGUUGCCCCUAAAUGCAGCCUCCUUCCUGUCUCCAGCUGCUGCCCAGGCCCCCAUGCCCACCACCUCUUCCUUUCAGGGCCUCUGCUUGGCCACCACACAGCCCCCCAACCUUCGAUCUUUUCCUCUACGACCAGCCCCUGGCUUCUCCUCCUUCGCCAAAAGUCCUGCUCGGUUCCAGAUUCCAAACCUCUCUAGGGCCAAAAGGGACCCCUCCCCAGUCACUAAAGGCCGGCAGGCACCUCCCUGGGGGGCGGCUGGAGCUCUGUGCUCCCGGGCAAGGCUGUCGGGAGCUGCGGGCUGCACCUUCUGGGGGCCACAUCCCUGCCAUCGAGCUUCCUCGGGGCCAUGUCUGCUUUCAGGGCAGUCCGGAUUGCUCGUGCAACUUCCUUCACCCCAGCUGCUACCAGGGGCCACUGACGUGGUGUCAGCCCGGGGCUCAGGGCAGUCCGGAUUGCUCGUGCAACUUCCUUCACCCCAGCUGCUACCAGGGGCCACUGACGUGGUGUCAGUCCGGGGCCCAGAGGAGCUGCAUUCACUGUACCCCCAUGAGCCCCCUGGGCAUGCGGGCCCCCUGCAGCCACAGCGACACCUGCCUUCCUCCCUGCUGGGACAGCCGCCCCCUGCACUGCUGCUCCCGCUGCCGCUGCCUCCCAGCCACAUGUGCCGGGCCGCCCUCCAGGAUGCUGCCGCUGCUCCCUCCCUCUGCCCGGACACCCUGCAGGACCCCUUUGUCACUCCCAGCCCCAUAGCCCAACCUCUAAGGGCCGAAAACCCACGAUUAAGAGGUCUUUGUUUGUUGAAUUGGACACGAGUGUUGAGUUUUGCUUUAUGGUCCAAAGGACUGGAAUAUGUUGCUGGUAGCAACAGAGUUUGUCACCUGGGAGACUGA